GAAAAAGCGCGCAAUCUCCGUUCUCUUUUUAUCCCUCGGAGCGUAUAAUUUCCAUCCGUACAUCCGGAAGACCCAGGUCCCAGAGUCCACACACACUCUACCUUCCCACUCUCUGUCUCUGAGCAUUUUUUCUCUGAACGACGGCAAUGGCAAGGCCAUCACAGGACGCGAUCGACACGUUCAUGGCCGUCACCGGCGUCUCCGAGUCACUCGCGCUUCAGAAACUGGAGGAACAUGGUGGCAACCUCAAUGAAGCUAUUAAUGGACAUUUUGGUGAACUUAAUACACACAAUGCUUCCGUAUCUAGUGAAAACGCCAAUUACGCAACAUCUGCUGCUUUCCAGCGGAAUCAUCCGAUUCAAAAUGGAUCACGUGGACUUUUACCGCUUCUCGCUGCUGCAAGAAGUUUUAAGCCUUCGUUACUGCUUGAUCCUAAUUACAGGAGAGAUCUCUAUAACCGGAUUCGUGCUUCUGCGUUCAACAGCCGGAGGCCAUUUAUUUCACAUUCAGGACCGGUAGGGGAGCUUCCUCAGCACUUCAACGGUGCGAAUGAACAGCCCUAUCAUUUGGGACCAAGGCAGACCGAGGAUGUGAGUGGAGUUUCAUUAUCCUCUGAUCAGGGAACUCAUGGAAAUCAUAUAGAAGAAGAAAUGAUUCAAGCUGCUAUUGAGGCUUCAAAGAAGGAUUUUGAAAGGGGUUAUCAAAAUCAGCAAUUCAGUUCUCCCAGUGAUUAUUCCGGUAUUGGGCUUCCGCAAGGGCAAAGUCACACAGAAGAUGACUUUUCUCAUGCAAUUUCAUUGUCAUUAGAGACAGCAGAACGAGAGAAAGCAAUGCGGGAGCAGCAAGUGAUUAAUGAAGAUCAGGAUAUCGGAUAUUAUGAUUUAGGUAUUAGAAAUGAGAAAGCCAAGAAUAGUGGAUCGAAGGUUAAGCCAGGAAGUUCAUCAUCAUGCCACAGUGGUGCUGCAAAUAUGAAACAGCCAUUAGUGAGUCCCGGGUCCAACUGCAAUACUACUAAUUCUGGUAAUCGUCCUUCACACAGCAAAGAUGGUUUUCAAUCUGAAGAGUGGGGUGAAAUUUCUUCAAAAGAGCUCGAUGAAGCAGUCAUGCUUGAAUCUGCACUUUUUGGAGAAAGGCCUGAAGAAUUAAAAAGUCGCUUCCAUGAUGCACCUCAUCUGCAAAGGAAUCAAGACAAAAUUUUCUGUCAUUCUGUAACGCAUCCUCCAUCGGCCUCUCUAACAGCUCAGCGAUUUCUAAGAGAACAACAGGAUGUUGAGUAUAUGGCAUCCCUUAUGGCUGAUAGAGAAAAGGAAAUAAAUGCUCUCAAGGAAGCUGAGUCUCAUUCCUUAAAGAAAGAGAAAUCAUGGAAUGAGUUACUUGAGGAGGAUUUGGAGAGAAGUCUAGCUAUAAAAGAAGCUUUGCUUCCUCAGGAACCAGCAGCAGAUGAUGAGAAUGUAGUAACUCUCCUAGUUCGGAUGCCAGAUGGAAGCCGUCAUGGUCGUCGCUUUCUCAAGUCCGACAAGCUUCAGCUUCUACUUGACUUCAUAGAUGUUGGUAGAGUGGUGAAGCCUGGCACUUACAGAGUGGUGAGGCCUUACCCCCGGCAUGCUUUCAGCUUUAGUGACUGUUCGUUGAGUUUGGGUGAACUAGGCCUGACCAGCAAACAAGAAGCCUUGUUUCUGGAGUUGAUCUAGUAUCAUUGCUCCUGUCCUGAAAAUCCUAGCUGCUCGCACGUAGUUUUAACUCAAAAUAUAAGCUGUACUUGUUUGUGGUUUGUAAACUUUGUUUAGAAUGGCUAGAAUCUGAGACCCUGGGUCACCUUACAGAAACUGGACAUCAAGUGCUAAACAAACUGAGAGGAUCUGUUAUGCCUGGUGGUGGUGAUGAUGAUGAUGUAUAUAGUCUGUUUCGUGUGUUUGAUUUGCUUUAUGACAAGUAACCACCGCAAUGUUUCACUUGCAAA